AUGCCAUUAGCAGCAGAUCAACAGGUCGAAUAUGAUCUAUACCAGAAGGAGGUGGAAAGACAAAGCCCCGCUGACAUUUUACAGUUUUCUGCGAAUUAUUUCAACAAGAGGUUGGAGCAACAGCGUUACUUCACGAAACAGCAAGAGUCUUUCGCUAGUUCCAGAGGUAUUGAUUUGUUCUCGAAGCCUUCGAGACAUGAAAGCGUAGUGGCAGCUUCUUCCAGUUUUGGAGCCAAGGGAGUUGAGGAUAAAGAUGUGCAGUUCAAGUUGCCGUUCGUGGAUCAGGAUCCCCAUGCGCCAAGAGAUGAACACAUUACAAGUCCUGCAAGCAUGGGUAUGAGCGGCGGUAACGCACUUAAGGAAGAGGAUAGCACCUCGGUUUCAGGAAUUGGCUCUGGCUCUGGGACAGGUUCGGGUGCAAGUUCUGGGGCAGAUCUAGGGAGUGGCUUGUUCAAGGGGAAUUUUAAUGUAGGGAAAGAGGCCAGCGGACGGGUGAAAUCACCUUUAGAUCCCCACAGCGGCAAACACAGCUCCGAUAGGAAGAACAUUGUGAAUCAUCAACCGCUACCAUUGAGAUUCAAUGCGGAAAGACGUACAUCUGUUAGUGGUGAAACUUUCCAGCCUGAUAAUCUUGAUGAUUGGACACCAGAACAUUAUUCUGAAAAGACCCAAGAACAGCUAACCAGAUUAGCAAAGUCAAUUGGUAAGAAUUUUUUGUUUAGCAAGCUAGACCCUGACUCAAAAACUUUGGUGAUCAAUUCAUUGGAAGAGAAAAACAUCAAGGCAGGUACCCAAAUCAUCAGACAAGGAGAUGAGGGUGAUUACUUUUAUGUUGUUGAAGAGGGUACUGUAGAAUUUUUCGUUGAUAAUAAAAAAAUAAGCUCCUCAGGUCCUGGGUCAAGUUUCGGUGAACUGGCAUUAAUGUACAAUCAUCCAAGAGUGGCUACCGUGAUGGCGUCAACUGACUGUAUAUUAUGGGCUCUCGACCGGAUUACUUUUAGAAAAAUAUUACUGGGCAGUUCUUUUAAGAAGAGAUUGAUGUACGACGAGCUAUUGAAGAUCAUACCCAUUUUAACUUCUCUGACAACAUACGAUCGUGCGAAAUUAGCCGAUGCAUUGGAUACUGAGUAUUACGAACCAGGUCAAGUAAUCAUCAAACAAGGUGACAGGGGAGAGAAUUUCUAUCUCAUUGAGUAUGGUGAAUGUGACGUAUCUAAAGCAGGUGAAGGUAUUGUUGCACAUUUAAAGGCCCACGAUUAUUUCGGUGAAGUUGCUCUAUUGAACGACUUACCGCGUCAAGCAACUGUCACAGCAAGAACGAAGACCAAAGUAGCAACCUUAGGCAAAAGCGGAUUUCAAAGAUUGCUUGGUCCCGUCGUAGAUGUGUUGAAGUUGAACGAUCCUACUAAGAAAAGCCAUGAAAGUACUAAAUGA